AUGAGUGCACAAGUAGAGCGUGAAAUCGGUGAGUGCAUUGCCACUAAGGAUUGGCGAAAAGUAAUAGACAUUGGCCAGUCAUCACCAAUCGAAGAGCGGGUAAAAUAUCUUUGGGUCUGGCCGUUACAAUUGGAUCUCGAGAAGAUAAAGGAUUGCUUUAGUAGGUUCGGUAUUGGCAGCGUACUCAGUAUAGGCUGUGGAACAGGCCUACUAGAGUGGUUAAUCAAUAAUGCAACUGGAAUCCAUAUAUCAGGCGUUGAAUUAGACAAAAAGUGGUGGACAUCAAAGUAUGCUUCAAAAACUUACAUUCCUUUAGUGUUUGCGGAAGCUCAGGGCAAUGUGAUUCAAGGUCAACAACGCUGGCAUGCAAUGAUGUUUUGCUAUUUCAACGAUGGCUGCGCAUUCCGUGAAUAUGUAAAAAACUUCAACGGUUGCUACGUGAUAAUCAUUGGGCCUAAAGAAGGAAAAGGAAUUCAUACCGAUCCGCUACCUUUUCGAGUAAAUUUUCCUACCGGUCAAUGUUGGGAACGCUGCUGUGAAUUACAGAUUGGAAGUGAACAUUUGAAUCAUUUUGUGAUUUAUCGAAGGCAGUGAAAUAAACAUUCAAGAUAGUUUGUCA